CUAAAAAGCGCAGUUAAUAAUAAAAGGCAGUGACCGCCAUGCACGCACUGAGCGCCGAUUCAGAGCACUGAAAUGUGUUCGCCCACAACAUUAUGCUUGUCACCCUGAACAGUGCGAUCUGGUCCGGACCGGAACGCCCCGGAAUAGUCAGCUGACCCGUCUCCCAGUGGUCUCGAGGUCAGCCACCUCCCCAGCUGGCAGGUCACAGCGCCCGGGGCGCUUAUCAGCCGCGCUGCGCAGCCAGGAGCCUGCCUACCAGUGCGCCUGUCUCUCAUGGCGUGAGAGACGCCCUUGGCGGGCCACCUGGCCCCGCUGAUACGAGCUGGUGCGCUGUUCGCUAUAUAAGCCAUGCGUUUAUCCAAAUGGCAUCUUCGGAUCCCUGCAAGGCUCGGAAUCAUGAAGGUGCUUUUGGUGUUGGCUUUGGCUCAGCUGGCCGUCGGCUUUGAGCUGACCGACCCCGAGUGGGUCGCCUUCAAGAGCGCCCAUGGCAAGACGUACUCGCACCCUAGCGAGGAGGCCGUCCGUCUGGCCAUUUUCAAGGACAACCAGCGCCUGAUCGCCGAGCACAACGCCGGCAACCACUCCUUCAAGCUGGGCGUCAACAAGUUCGCCGACCUCACCAACGCCGAGUACCGCCAGCUGCUCGGAUACAAGACGGCCGCUGAGCGUGGCGUCCGCAUGUCCCGCAAGCACAUCUCGAACGGCGUCAGCGCCGCCACCAAGGACUGGCGUGAGGCCGGCGCCGUCACCGCCGUCAAGGACCAGGGCCAGUGCGGCUCGUGCUGGGCGUUCUCGACCACCGGUGCCAUGGAGGGCAUGUGGGCCCUCGCUGGAAACCCGCUGGUCUCGCUCAGCGAGCAGCAGCUCAUGGACUGCUCCCUUAUGUAUGGCAACCUGGGCUGCGGCGGUGGCCUCCAGUCGAGCUCCUACAACUACCUGAUGGACCACGGCGGCCUCAUGUCCGAGGCCAGCUACCCGUACGAGGAGGCGUCCCACUUCAACUGCCGCUUCGACUCGUCUCAGAUCGCGGCCACCAUGUCCUCCUGGGUGGAGAUCAGCAAGCACGACGAGGGCGACAUGGAGAACGCCGUCAGCAACGUCGGACCCGUCUCGAUCGGCAUCGACGCCUCGCACUUCUCGUUCCAGCUGUACUCGAGCGGCGUGUACGACGAGCCCAACUGCAGCAGCCGCAACCUGGACCACGGCGUGCUGGCCGUCGGCUACGGCACCGAGAACGGCCAGGACUACUGGAUCGUCAAGAACUCUUGGGGCACCAGCUGGGGCAUGGACGGCUACAUCAAGAUGACCAAGGGCAGCAACCAGUGCGGCGUGGCCACCGACUCCAACUACCCUGUCCUGUAAGCUCGCUUCAGAGAGGUGCAGAUCAUCGGUGAACUGUGUUGAGGGAUCAAAAUACACAAACCACGAUGAGA